AUGAACGAGUUGCAAGCCAAGUUGCUCAAGCGCCGGAGUGUGGUGGAGGAGUGUGGUGCGAACUACGAAAGCGUGCCAACGCUUCGCAAGGAAGAGGAUGCUUUGACGCAGGCAACUACAGUAAGCACUGCGGCAACGCCGCUCAAAACAUGUGCGGCGGUGUUUAAGCGCACACCAAGCCCCUGCGGUGGUGACUUCCAGGCUGCGAUUGAGCGGCGGAGGGCCACAGUCGACGGUGACGGCCAGACCUUCGAGAGCACGCCCACCACAAAGACUGCAGAUGUGACAAGUUCCGCAUCAACGCCGUCUGGCGCCAGCCCAGCAGGCAUCAGGCCUAGCUGCGGCACGGUGGAUUUCAAGAAGCGAAUUGAUCAACAGCGGGCAAGUGUGGAUGGCGGAGCGCAAACGUUCGAGAGCCGACCGAGUGAGCAUUGUGCCGAUGCCGGAAUGGCGGUGCCCAAUGCUGGUGGCUCUGCGGGCCAGGUCUUCGAGAGCACGCCAGAAAAGACAACAGCAGAUUGCGUCUCAAGUAUCCGGAGUACCAUGCAGCUGCCCGAGCUGCCUGAGCUGCAGCUGCCUGCUUCUCCUGUCCAGGAACAGGAGACUGAGGAUCAAGAACAGGAGGAGGAGGCUGGCGAUGACGAGGACGAGGAGGCAGAGGAAGCGGAGGUCUCUGACGGAAGUCCCACCAACCCGGCUGCCGCGACCAAGGAGCCGAAGACGACUCUCACUGCUUCGAACCGCCGAGUCUCGUGGCUGGUGGGCUUAGCCCAUCCGCUACAGGACGAAUUCGAGAGCGACCCGUUUGCUGUAGCUGCACCUGGCUGCAGCACAGUAACUCUCCGCCUCCGCGCCGAUGGGCAGAGGUGUCACCUCGAGCUGUCAGGGCCUGAAGAUGCUUCUGGCUCCUACGAGGUGAAGCUCUUCGUGGGCAAGGGCUGGAGAAAGAAGUCCUUCAGGAUGUGGCAAGCGAACGAAAGCCUUUCGGAAGUGUUUGACACAGAUCUGACGAACCGCAACUCGAUCCUUUGUGGUGUGAUCUUCAAGGACAAGGGGGUCAAACUCAUUCACGACGUCGGCGACCAUUAG